GGGCGUGGCUCCGGGAGAGAGGAAAGCCAGCCGGGGCGAGAGAAGCAGAGACAGAGCUUGGAGUUCCCUUCACUGUCUGUCAAGGAAGGAGGCAGAGAAAGCAAGAAGCUUUGGAGAAGUUUGGGAUCCUCCUCCUCCUCCUCCUCCCUGUCUUUCUCCUAUACAAAAAAAAGAAAAAGAAAUAAGAAACAGUGGGAAAAUAAUAAAACCUUGAAGAUGGAUAAAUAUAAAGGCAACAAUACUGGUGCUUGUUCUCCAAGGGCUACUGCUGUUUCACCUUUCAGUGGGUCGUUUUGACAUGUAGAUAUUGGAUCACCUCAAAUCCAGCCUGAUCCAGCUGUCCACACUGGGAAUCACUCCAGAGUUGCCUGUGCUGAAUUAAUGGCUGGAAUCAGUGCUUCUGUUGCAGGACUGACUAUGUGUCAUGUGAACUGCUCACAGCAGAUUCAAGCUCUGGAACAGCUGCUCACAGAACUUGAAGAUUUUUUGAAGAUACUGGAUAAGGAAAACCUCAGCAGCACAGCUAUAGUGAAAAAGAGUUUCCUUGCAGACCUCCUUCGUCUGUGUACAAAAUCAAAUGGUGGGGAUGAGGAAUACAUUUACAUGAACAAAGUAUCCAUCAACAAGCAGCAUGGUGAACUUGAGAAAUCAGACAAAGGUCACAGAGACUCCUUGACCAACGGAGACGCAGAGCAGCAUUUGUCUCCUCCUCAGAAGAGUUUGCCCGAUCUUCCACCUUCUAAAAUAAUUCCAGAAACAAAACCAUAUUCAGGCUCUAAAACUGAGUCUCCAGAAGGAUACUAUGAAGAAGCUGAGCCCUAUGGCAUCUCUCUGAAUGAUGAUGGAGAAGCAGUCAGCAGUUCCUAUGAAUCCUAUGAUGAGGAAGAGAACACUAAAGGCAAGUCAGCUCCCCACCAGUGGCCUUCCCCUGAAGCUUCCAUUGAACUCAUGAAAGAUGCCCGGAUCUGUGCUUUCCUCUGGAGAAAGAAAUGGCUGGGCCAGUGGGCCAAGCAGCUUUGUGUGAUUAAGGAUAACAGAUUGUUGUGCUACAAGACUUCCAAGGACCACAACCCUCAAUUGGAUGUUAAUUUGUUGGGCUGCAGUGUCAUCCACAAAGAGAAGAAUGUGAGGAAGCAAGAACAUAAACUGAAAAUCAUCCCAAUGAAUGCCGAUGUCAUUGUCCUGGGCUUGCAGAGUAAGGACCAGGCGGAACAGUGGCUCAGAGUAAUCCAAGAGACAAGUGGUCUCUAUCCAGAUGGGUGGGGUGAAGGAAAUCAGUAUGUUCCAGACUCCCAACGACUUAGUUAUCCCAAAGUGGAGGCAACCGAGAGGUAUUCAGUGGCAUCAGAAAGUGGAAGCAGCACUGAUGGUCACCCAGAACUGAUGGAAACUAAAGAUGCCAAGAAGAAAGGCACAUCAGGAUUAAAAUUGAGCAAUCUGAUGAAUCUUGGAAGAAAGAAAUCUGCAUCACUGGACAGUCCAGAGAGGUCUUUGGAUACUUGUACAUACCUGAAUGUAUUGGUGAACAGCCAAUGGAAAUCUCGGUGGUGUUAUGUGAAAGAUGGACAGCUCCAUUUCUACCAAGAUAAGAACAAAACCAAAACUGCACAACAGCCUCUGAACUUGAUAGGCUGUGAAAUUUUCCCAGACCCAAGUCCUGACCAUCUCUAUUCAUUCCGGAUUCUGCAUAAUGGGGAGGAACGGGCCAUGUUAGAGGCCAAGACUUGUGAAGAAAUGGGCCACUGGCUUGGUCUCCUUUUAUCAGAAUCUGGCUCAAAAACAGACCCUGAAGAACUUACCUAUGAUUAUGUUGAUGCCGACAGGGUUUCCUGCAUUGUCAGUGCAGCAAAGAAUUCAUUACUCUUAAUGCAGAGGAAGUAUUCUGAGCCCAACACAUAUAUUGACAACUUACCAAAGGAAAAGGAGGAACAAGAAGAACUCUAUGAUGAUGUAGAUGUUCCAGAGUCAACAAUGGAAAUACCUCUGAUUGAAAGCAAAUCUGCAGGGGAACAGGAUAGAGUCUACCUUGACCUCACACCAGUUCAGUCUUUCGUGUACUCUGCUGGGAGGAAGCAUGGUCAGUUGACUCCUUCAGUCUCGCCUUCUCUUCAGAGAUCUGUCCACAAAAAUUCAACUGAUUCUGACAAAGAUUUAUUCACACUCUAUAAAGAAGGAGAGCUGAACAGACAAUCAGUGGAAGCUACAGACCAGAAGCCUUCAGAUGUAGAUGAGCUCCUACCACUGAGGACAACCACAGUCAAAAUCCAGGCACAGCAACAGCAAAUUGCCUUUCCUCAGAGUGCCUUUGAGAUGAAGAAUGCUACCACAAUUGUGGCUGCACCAAAAGAGAAAGGAGAACGGCCCAAGGUAGUAAAUCCAGCUCCUGUUGAAACCAAACUAGGUAAAAACAGGACAGAGGCUGAAGUGAAGCGAUACUCAGAAGAGCGAGAUCGCUUAGAGAAGGAAAAAGAAGAAAUCCGUUCUCAGUUGGCACAACUUCGGAAAGACAAGAGGGAGCUGAAAGAAUUGUUAACAAACUGCACAGACAAGAGUAUUUUGUCCACCUUGGAGCAAAACCUGAAGGAAAUAGAAGAGGAGUGCAAACGAAAAGAAGACCAGCGCGUGGACUUAGAGCUGAACCUUGUGGAAGUAAAAGAAAAUCUCAGGAAAGCUGAGUCUGGUCCAGUUACUCUUGGCACUGCUGUGGAUACCACACAUCUUGAGAAUUCAAGUCCCAAAAUGAAAGUUGCCAACCCUAUGAAUAGUACAGAAAGCUCACCUGUCAAUUCAGCAAUGGCACUAAAGAACAGGCCACUCUCUAUCAUGGUCACAGGGAAAGGAACGGUUUUACAGAAGGCUAAGGAAUGGGAGAAAAAAGGUGCUAGUUAGGAUAUCACAGCAUCAAGAAAGGACUUAUAACUAGAGUUGGCCAUUCAUGGACUACAGGAUUCUAUUGACAGUAGAUAAAAGGUCCAAAAAAGGCAAAGCAUUGCAAGAAGUAUACCGUGUUGCUCCAUCUAGAAGAAAUCAUGGACCUCGGCCAGAUGCUUUCUAGCUGUGUGUAGAAGAAGACCCAGCUUGCCAAAACAGGGCCUUCGUUAGAAUAAGGAUAUUGCUCCUUUUAGCAGAGUUGCACUGUGUAGCAGCAAAGAAAGUUAACUAAAGUGGAAACAUUGCUUCUAAUCCCACUGUUGUCAUAAAUAUGUUGCUGUACAUAAUGGAUGCUUUUGUGUAUUUCUACUUUUGGUGUUUAUAGCAUUGUGAAAUCCAGGAUUUGUUGUUUAAUGUUACAUAGAGAUGGUUGUCUGAAAGGUGGGAUCAAGACAAGGUCAAUCGAAGACUCCUUGUUAGAUUUUUAAUUUGCAUAAGAGUUUUAUUAGCCAAUGAAGAAAAUGUGAGAGAAGCUCAAGGGCAUCAAGCAACCCAAAAAGUGGCUGCUUUCUAGUUGUGUGUAAAACAAAAAAUAUAUUGCAAGAAAUAAUUCCUAAUCAAAGUAGAGUAUGAUCAGAGUUUAAUAUUGGUACAAAGCACACCUCUACAUGAGAAAUAAUAAACCAGUUGUGGUCAUUGGAGCUGACUGGGAUGCAUUUCUAACACUGAGUUCAUGGAUAUUUACAUUCCACAAUAAUAAGGAAUCCUUCUAUAGCCAAGGAAAGAUCUCACACUGUUUUCAAGGAUGUAUAUUGAAUAUUAAUGUGAACUCCAAAGCCAUGCAUGGAUAGAGGCUCAAUUUGUGGAACUGAACCAGAAGGUUGUUUAACAUUCCAAUAAGUUAAUUCCUAAAUUGCUCUAACUCAGUGGUUCUCAACACAUGGGUCCCCAGAUGUUUUGGCCUCCAACUCCCAGAAAUCCUAACAGCUGGUAAACUGGUUGGGAUUUGUGGGAGUUGUAGGCCAAGGCACCUGGAGACCCACAGGUUGAGAACCACUGCUCUAACUGCUAUUUGUUCACACAGUUGAAGGUGAUUUGAGGCAUAGUGAAGGGUGGCAUUUUAUUAGUGUCCUUCGUGAUGUAAUUCCUAAUGAUACCAAUGCACUUUACUGAUUUUGCUGUGCUUCAAGAUAAUAGUCAUAUAAUAGUUUCCUUUAAUAUUUCAGUCAGUAAUACAUCCUUUAGUAUUCAGCAACUAGCAUGAGGAGUAUGCUGUAUAUGUAUGGAAUUAAAUUCAGAAGCUUAAAGAAAAACACCAGGAAGGCCAGGAAUGCUAUCACAAAAAAUUAUUUUAAAAAUACAGAAUCCUCUCAACACUUUUUAUCAUUGUUUUUACCUAUAAACAAGAGUCUAAUUUAAUCAAGACAGGACUUGACUGAAUUCUCUUCAGAAAAUUACAGAGAUUGGGCAUGGCUUUCCACCAAAAAUGAUGAGAGGUUGGGUUUAACAUUUGAUUUCAUUUGUAUAUGAAUAAUUUUUCAAGGCAAGGAAUUUCAUUUUAACAUUGUGCUCCAUCAUAUAAAUUCAGGUGGACUCAGCAGACUCACUGUACCAAGGAUCUUUAAGGACAAAUGGGUUCAUUCCUGUUCAUUCCUGUUAUGGGUUCAUUCCUGUUAUGUAAGUGAUGGUUCUAUCGCACUCCUUCCCCGCAUGCCAGAGUUUUGGACAAUCAUCUUCCCAUGCUACAAAUUAGUCCUAACAUCAGUUGUUUCAGGAAGUCUAAUUUAUGUGCCCCGGCUAACAACUUUACUGUUUCUCAGCAGUUAAAGUCAUGUGGAAUGUGCUGUUUUACCCUUGAUAUAUACAGUGGGCCCUCCACAUUCACUGGUGUUAGAGGCAUACGACCCCCCCCCCCCCAAAAGUAGAAAAAAGACAAAUAUGAAAAUCACUAUUUUUGGGGAACACCUCUAUAGGAAUCUCUAGGUCUGCCAGUGCCGUACUAUAGUCAUCUUCCAUCAUGGGAUAAGCUGCCAAUGCCUAGAGAAGUGUUCUCUAGAAAUCUCCAGGUCCUCUACCACAUUUCUAAGUUCAAUUUCCACUGGAUGACAUAGAGAUUCCUAGAAAGAACAUAUUAAUCAAAUCAAUGGAUAGUCAAAUCUAUGAAAAAACAUACCCACUAAUGUGGAGGACUAACUGUAUAAACUGAAAAUAGCCAUUUGUGUAUUGUGAUGGUAUGCUAUGGGUUCAUUCCUGUUAUGUAAGUGAUGUUUCUAUCACACUCCUUCCCCACAUGCCAGAAUUUUGGAACAUUAAACCAUGCUACAUCUUAUCCACUCACAUUUGUGUGAAUGGCCAUGUUAACAGACUUCUACUGAUAUGCUUGCUCAUAUGUGCACUCUAGGAGGUUCUGUGAGUUAUUGUUCAAAAUAGUUCACCUCCAAAAUAAUAACUUAUCCACAUUAUGAAAACAUUGUCUUUGAGCUCUAGAGAUGCUCAACCUUGGCUGAAUUAUGUCAGAUUAGAGCCUUCUGAAAAGCUUAAAGGUAAAAUGCAGCCCACAAAUUCCAGGUUUAUGUACCUUCAACUCUUUUAUCGGUGAAACCACAUUUCCUGAGAUUUCUUCAUAGUGAAUGAGAACAGGCUGCAAGUUUGCAGGCAUAGGGUUAUCUAAGUUAAUUACAAAUUAUCUUAUGUAUUUAUCCAUUCAACAAGUGUUCUGCGUUCAAAGAAGUGGAAAGGACACAUGCACAAAUAGUUCACAGAGCACCAACCCAUUUGAAGAGGAGUGCCUUGUACCACCACUUUUAGAGCAACAGGUAGUUCGCUUCAGUUUUAAAGAUUUCACAGUGCAAUAGCUACAACUUGUUCUUAAACUAUUGCUUCAAACAGGCAAACUCCUUGACCAUUGUAUAUGCACUCAAUAUCAUUCUAACAUUUUGUGAUGUCUGUAUUCUGUUGUGUCAUUUACUGGUGCUACACAGGGAGACAUUAAAGCAGGGAGGAAAUGGAAGAGUAACGAAAGCUUUGGUACUUUUGAUGCCCUUACAACUGGAAGCAUCAGUGAGGAAAGUACUGGAGGUGUAGCAACUGACUCUUUUGCUCCACCUUAUGUAAUACAAUUCUGUGUCAUCCCCAAAGUACUAUAGCUAAUGGUGACAAGACACAGAGAUUCAAUACACAUGCAGGUAAUCCAAAAGGUUCAUUCAUGGAACUGUGCAAAAAUACUAUUACAGCUUACCUGGCUAAAAUAUACAUUUCCCUAUGUUGUAUAUGUUUCUUCCCAAUCAGUUGCUAUUUUAGAGAGGUGUUUUGUAAAAAAAAGAAAGAAAGAAAAGAAAUACAAAAAUAAAUAAUGUUGGUUCUAUCUUAAA